AUGAAAUUUCCAAUCGAGACUCCAAGAAAACAGGUGAACUGGGAUCCUCAAGUGGCCGUUCCCUCACCGGUGCCAGCUUGUGAACCUGAGCCCAAAACUAACGGGCAUUACCCAGCUCCACGACUCUCUGUUUCCUCCCGAGCCACUGUUGUUGCUACCAUGGAAGCCCCUUCUCAAGGUCUGCAAACAGUCAUGAAGUGGAAAACAGUUGUGGCCAUCUUUGUCGUGGUGGUGGUUUACCUGGUGACGGGAGGACUCGUCUUCCGUGCCCUGGAGCAGCCCUUUGAAAGCAGGCAGAAGAACACAAUCGCGCUAGAGAAGGCUGACUUUCUUCGGGAGCACGUUUGUGUAACCCAGCUAGAGCUGGAGACGCUGAUUCAGCAUGCUAUUGAUGCUGACAAUGCAGGAGUCAGUCCCAUAGGAAAUUCCUCUAACAACAGUAGUCAUUGGGACCUUGGAAGUGCCUUUUUCUUUGCUGGAACAGUCAUCACAACAAUAGGGUAUGGGAACAUUGCCCCAAGCACUGUUGGAGGCAAAGUUUUCUGCAUCUUGUAUGCCAUCUUUGGGAUUCCACUGUUUGGCUUCUUGCUGGCUGGGAUUGGAGACCAACUUGGAACCAUCUUUGGGAAGGGUAUUGCAAGGGUGGAAAAGGUUUUCAGAAAAAAGCAAGUGAGUCAAACAAAGAUCCGGGUGAUCUCUACGAUCCUCUUCAUCCUGGCAGGCUGCAUUGUCUUUGUGACCAUUCCUGCAGUUAUCUUCAAACACAUCGAGGGAUGGACAGCCUUGGAGUCCAUCUACUUUGUGGUUGUCACUCUGACUACCGUUGGCUUCGGUGACUUUGUAGCAGGAGGAAAUGCUGACAUCCAUUACCGGGAGUGGUAUAAACCCUUAGUGUGGUUCUGGAUCCUUGUUGGCCUUGCCUAUUUUGCUGCUGUCCUGAGUAUGAUUGGAGACUGGUUAAGAGUCCUGUCCAAGAAGACAAAAGAAGAGGUUGGAGAAAUAAAAGCCCACGCAGCUGAGUGGAAAGCAAACGUGACGGCUGAGUUUAGAGAGACACGGAGGCGGCUCAGCGUGGAGAUCCACGACAAACUUCAGCGAGCAGCAACCAUCCGGAGCAUGGAGCGCAGGCGCCUGGGCCUGGACCAGCGAGCCCACUCCUUAGACAUGCUGUCUCCAGAGAAGCGCUCUGUCUUUACUGCCUUGGAAACAGGACGCUUCAAGGCCUCAUCUCAGGAAAGCAUCAACAACAGGCCUAACAACCUGCGCCUUAAAGGGUCAGAUCAGCUCAACAAGCAUGGGCAGGGGGCAUCCGAGGACAACAUCAUUAACAAGUUUGGAUCGUCUGCUAAGAUGACCAAGAGGAAAAACAAAGACCUCAAAAAGACCAUCCCUGAGGAUGUGCGUAAAAUUUACGAGACCUUCCGAAACUACUCCUUGGAUGAAGAAAAAAAGGAAGAGGAGAUGGAGAAGAUGUGUAAUUCUGAGAACUCUUCUAGUACUGCAGUCCUGACCAACUGCAUCCAGCAACACUCAGACCUGGAGAAUGGAGUGAUCCCCAAUGAAACCAAAGAAAGGGAACAUGAAAACAAAGCAUUACUUGAAGAUAGAAAUUAAAUGUAAAAGAUGCUUGACUUAACAAUGUUAAUGUUUUUAUAUACAUAUAUAUAUUGAGACACGUGCCUUAUACAGACUCCUUAUUCAGUCUGAACUAUAUAGCAUUGAAGAAUAUUUCACUGUGCCAUAAAGACUCAAGCUUGCUCUGCCAAAACAAAUCAGGAACACAGCACUGCAGAAUGGCAACAGAAAGCUACGCACAUGGAAAUUUCAGCCUGUAUAAGAUUACCAGGGCAAGACACAGAGGAAGAGAUUGAACCAUGGCAAUAUCACCAGAGUGCUCCUACUAUGGCAUAAUAUUAGACAAAGGGCAGCUAUGUAAGAAGAGCCUUUGAAAGGGAUGAAAAAAAGUGUAUCUUUGUAAUGGAGUAUGCAUCCAUAAAGCCUUCCCCUGGUGAUUAAAAAUAGGAGAAAUGAUUGGAGUGAACUAGAAACUUUCAGUAAGGCUUAGUUUACGUUUUGGCACGUGAUCCAAGCUAGAAUUUUUUUUUUCCAUUUUUGAAUCAGAUGCAUUAUCUUUCUAAACUCCAAAAGAAUGUCCAUGGACACAGCCACCAGCUGGGUGCUGGUUUGAAAAAUCAACACAGACAUAUUUAAGGGUCGGAUUGCUCUUUUCAUUAAAAAAAAAAAAAAGAAUAAAACUCUGUGGGUAUUUAUCUUAACCAGUGACAAAAAA